CACCCGACGGAUCCGAUGUAAUCGUUCUAGAAUAUGCCGAGUUAGGCGAUUUACGUGAAUAUUUAAAAAGCAAAUUUGCCAACAUAACGUGGGAAGAGAAGAUUGACAUUAGCAUGCAGAUUUCAAAUGGUUUAAGUUUUUUGCACACCAACGAUAUUUUACACAGAGACCUGCAUACUAGAAAUAUAGUUUUGUCAGCACGCGGUGGAAAAGAGAAAACAAUAAUUACUGGGUCCAAAUUCAAAGGGUGGGAAAAAUGUUGCGAAAAUUAUCCUCAUUAUUCAUCAAUUCCUAGAUUAUUAAAGACAAGAACACUAUCUGAGCCCGAUUCUAUUUCUUUAAAUUUAAUAGCAAAUGAGCAAACCACGGAAUUACUAGUAAAUUUACAGGAAAUAGAUAAAUGGUGCAUUGAACAACCGAAAAAUGAUGUGAUGAAAUUUAUAAAACAGAGUGCACCCAACCUUGCCAAACUAAUAGAACAUAAAAAAUUUUCUGUUAAUGAAAAUUCUUUCGCUCACCAAAUUUAA